CCAUCUUUCAGAUUAAUUAAUUAAUUAAAGAAGAUGUUUGGAGAUGAUCCACCACCAUUGCCCCCAACUCCAUGUGCUGAAACUCCAUGUGACGUUACUUUUGUUGACUUAAGCGAUCAUGAUCGGUUUGUUGCUGUUGCGGAUGAUGAUCACGACGGAGAUGAUGCAGAAUUUCGUCCACAUAUGUCCGGCAUACUUCAAACUGAACCAGAUUCGGAAUUUGUUAACCCUGAAAUGGAAGAUGAAACUACCAGUGGUGGAUCGCAGGACAUGUCAGCUUUCGAAAAAGUGAAGGAAGAUUCGAUUCUAACGGAAAGUAUGAAAGACGCGGCAAAACACAAUUCAUAUUUGCAGCAUUUCGAUUUGAUUGGUGGAAAUGAAGAAGCAAUAGUUAUACAGAGUGCUCUGCAAAACGAAGACAAUGAUGAAUUUGGUGAUUUUGGAAAUUUUGCUGAAACGAUGGAAACUCAGAAAAGCGAAAAUGAUAAUUGGGCAGAUUUCGGGUCCUCUUUAUUUCUUGAUCCUUAUAUGGAAAAUAAGUCGACUGGAAGUGUUACAUCUUCAGGAGCAAAGUUGCAGCUUACCACUGAGACUGCAAGUUUCUAUAAUUUAAUUCAAAUCAUUCCUGAUAAUCGUACAUUAUUUGUUAGAGUUAUCUUACAGGAAAGUUCAGAUUUAACUCUUCGAUAUAGAGAUGACCGAAAUAAUAAUCAUGGCAAUUCAUAGAAUAUAAGCCACAAUCCAUCAUCAGCAUUAUCCUUCCUCUACGAUAACAUCGAUGUCACUGAGUGUGUCAAAUACCUCUAUUCCUUACUCGUCUCUUCAUAUACGUAAUCCAUUUUUGUAAUAU